GAGAAUUUGCUUGCUUUUUGUGUUCUUACUUUGACCCUCUCUGUACUUACGCGGACACCACCUCCUUCUUCUUCUUCAACAAUCUCUCUCUCUCUCUCUCUCUCUCUCUCUCUCUCUCUCUCUCUCUCUCUCUCUCUCACACACACACACACACACAAAAUUCUUCUUACGUUUUGUCAAAUUUUCACUCCGCCGGCGCCGGUAACCGCUCCACUAGCGGCGCCACAUUUCUCCGGCCACUGGAAAACGGCCGGAAGAGUUGUUGAAAAUACAAAACCACGACGAUUAUUGUUUUGACUUAGACGACUUUUGUUUGACUUGAAGCAUUGACCGGUGAAAGCCUGUAGGUGGUGGAGUUGUUCAGAUCUGUGAGGAUUUAAUUCCUAGGUUUUGAUGUUUUAAAGGUUGGAGAGUUUUUUGAAAGAAUUUUGAAGUGUGGAUGGUAGUGUACGGACGGAGGAGGGCGGUGGUCGUCGGAGUAGAUGAUGAGCGGAGGAAGGUGGGGGAGGUGGCGGUGGUGGUGUAAAAUUGCUUGUUCUUUCACAUGGAAUGGCAGAUCUUGUUAGCUAUGGUGAUGCCCACCGUGAUAUUGACCAGGCAUUAAUUGCUUUAAAGAAAGGAGCUCAACUGUUGAAAUAUGGCCGCAAAGGGAAGCCCAAGUUCUAUCCAUUUAGACUUUCUAAUGAUGAAUCGUCUCUAGUUUGGAUCUCUAGCAGUGGUGAAAAGAGUUUAAAGUUAGCUUCGGUGUCUAGAAUCAUUCCCGGGCAAAGAACUGCUGUUUUUCGACGAUAUCUUCGUCCUGAAAAGGACUACUUGUCCUUCUCGCUCAUAUAUAAUUACGGAAAAAGAUCCCUCGAUCUGAUUUGUAAGGAUAAGGUCGAGGCAGAGUUCUGGAUCACUGGUUUGAAAGCUUUGAUAUCUUCUGGACAAGGUGGGCGCUCAAAGGUUGAUGGUUGGAGUGAUGGAGGCCUCUACUUUGAUGAUAGUCGAGAUUUGACAUCAAAUAGUCCAAGUUCUAGUUCUGUUAGUGCUACAAAAGAAAUUAGCUCUCCAGACGCUUCCUUAAGUUCCAACCCCAAUACUUCUCCUAAGAGCUAUCAACCUUAUAGUUUUGUGCAGUCUGAAAGGUCACAUGUAGCUUUGGAUCAAGCAAAUAUGCAAAAUAUUCAAGCCAAAGGAUCUGCUUCAGACGUGUUCCGAGUUAGUGUUUCCAGUGCCCCUAGUACUUCUAGUCAUGGUUCUGCACCAGAUGAUUGUGAUGCUUUGGGCGAUGUUUAUAUAUGGGGUGAGGUAAUAUGUGAUAACAUUGUCAAGGUUGGACCUGAAAAAAACUCCAGUUCAGUGAGCACAAGGGCAGAUGUGCUUCUUCCAAGACCACUCGAAUCCAAUGUAGUUUUAGAUGUUCAUCAUAUAGCUUGUGGGGUCAAGCAUGCUGCCCUUGUCACCAGACAAGGUGAACUCUUUACAUGGGGUGAAGAAUCUGGUGGCCGGCUUGGCCACGGUGUUGGGAAAGAUGUCACUCAACCUCGGUUUGUUGAAUCCUUGUCCUUUUGCAGCGUUGACUUUGUUGCAUGUGGUGAGUUUCACACCUGUGCUGUUACAAUGGCUGGUGAACUAUAUACAUGGGGGGAUGGCACACACAAUGCUGGGCUUCUUGGUAAUGGCACUGAUGUCAGUCACUGGAUACCAAAGAGAAUUUCAGGCCCUCUGGAAGGACUUCAAGUUGCAGCAGUAACUUGUGGUCCAUGGCAUACUGCUUUAAUAACAUCAACUGGGCAGCUCUUCACAUUUGGAGAUGGAACAUUUGGUGUUUUAGGCCAUGGUGAUAGAGAAAAUAUAUUGUUUCCUCGAGAGGUCAAGUCCCUGUCAGGCCUGAGGACAAUUGCCGUUGCAUGUGGAGUGUGGCAUACUGCUGCUGUAGUUGAAGUUAUCGUCACACAGUCUAGUGCUAGUGUUUCAUCUGGAAAAUUAUUUACUUGGGGAGAUGGAGACAAAAGUCGUCUUGGACAUGGUGAUAAAGAACCUCGGCUGGAGCCUACUUGUGUGCCUGCACUUAUUGAUUACAAUUUUCACAAGAUUGCUUGUGGGCAUAGUUUAACCGUCUGCUUGACCACAUCUGGUCACGUCUUUACAAUGGGAAGUACCGUGUAUGGACAACUUGGAAAUCCUUACUCUGAUGGGAAGUUACCUUGCCUGGUAGAAGACAAACUUUCUGGUGAAAUUGUCGAAGAUAUUGCUUCUGGUUCAUACCAUGUGGCUGUGUUGACGUCCAAAAAUGAGGUUUAUACGUGGGGAAAAGGAGCCAAUGGGAGGUUAGGUCAUGGGGAUGUAGAGGACCGGAAAGCCCCUACUUUGGUUGAAGCGUUGAAGGACAGACAUGUGAAAUAUAUUGCUUGUGGUUCUAAUUACAGUGCUGCUAUAUGUCUUCACAAAUGGGUUUCUGGUGCUGAGCAGUCUCAGUGUUCAGCCUGUAGACAGGCUUUUGGGUUCACAAGGAAAAGGCACAAUUGCUACAACUGCGGACUUGUGCAUUGCCAUGCAUGUACUUCAAGAAAAGCAAUAAGGGCAGCAUUGGCUCCAAAUCCAAACAAACCGUAUCGUGUAUGUGAUUCUUGUUUUACAAAACUGAGCAAGGUGGCUGAGAUUGGAAUCAAUAACAGGAGAAGUGCUGGACCUCGCCUUUCCGGUGAGAACAAGGACCGGUUGGACAAGGCUGAGUUACGAUCAGUGAAAUCAGGAAUGCCACCAAAUCUUGAUUUAAUCAAGCAGCUAGAUAGUAAAGCAGUCAAACAAGGUAAAAAAGCUGAUACGUUUUCCUUGGGUCGUUCCUCUCAAGCUCCUUUGUUACAGCUGAAAGAUGUAGUUUUGUCGACCGCUGGUGAUCUGCGUUGGGCAGUUCCAAAACCAGUUAUUACCCAAUCGGGUGUUAGUUCCAGAUCUGUAUCACCUUUCUCUAGGAAGGCAAGUCCACCGCGUUCAGCCACACCAGUACCUACCACAGCAGGACUUUCGUUCUCCAAAAGUGUUGCUGAUAGUUUGAAAAAGACCAAUGAGCUUUUAAAUCAGGAAGUUCAUAAAUUACGGGCCCAGGUCGAGAACCUGAGACAUCGUUGUGAACUUCAGGAGAUGGAGCUUCAGAAAUCAACAAAAAAAGCCCAGGAAGCAAUGGUUUUGGCGGCAGAGGAAUCUGCUAAAUGCAAAGCUGCAAAAGACGUUAUAAAAUCGCUGACGGCGCAGCUCAAAGACAUGGCUGAAAGGUUGCCACCUGGGGCUUAUGACGUAGAGAGCCUUAAACUAGCUUACCUACCAAAUGGUGUGGACGUGAAUGGCAUUCACUAUCCUGAUGCAAAUGGGGAACGCCAUUCUAGAUCUGAUUCUGUCGCUAGCUCUUAUAUGGCCUCUCAAACCAGCAUGGACUUAAGUACAUUUGGAAUGCAAAGCCCCAGCAAAUCGCAAAGGGAUUCUAGCAGCAUUGAAGCUAUUACAAGCAAUCAAAUUCUAACCCCAAAUGGUAUAGAUGAUCGAGCUGAAGUUAGACUGCCUAAUGGCAGUGGGGCAGAGGUGCGCAUCAAUAGUGCCUCUGAAGCCGUUGAUAAUAAUAAAGACUCUGGGCCUUUACAAGACAAUGAAAAUGGACUGCAACCAAGAAAUUCUCUGCCUCCUGGCAAUCCUAACCAAAUUGAAGCUGAAUGGAUUGAGCAAUACGAGCCUGGAGUGUAUAUAACACUCGUAGCUCUUCGAGAUGGCACUAGAGAUCUGAAACGUGUACGCUUCAGCCGCAGAAGAUUCGGGGAGCACCAAGCAGAGACUUGGUGGUCGGAGAACCGGGAAAAAGUUUACGAGAGAUAUAAUGUUCGUGGGUCAGACAAGUCAUCCGUUACAGGCCAGGCUGCUCGGAAGUCUGAAGGGGCACUCUCUCCGUCUUCCCAAAUUUAGCAAUUCGUUUAGAUAUCUUUAUUUUUAGCUUCUUUUCUUCUUCUUUUCUUUUUCUACUUUUUGGUAAUGGUGGGUGCUGAUUGCUCGUCAAAUUAUUAGGGGGGGAGAGCCAAAACCCUUCAACUUCCGUUCUGACCAUAUUCCACAAAUUCCUCGACCUUUCUCUUUUGUGUUACUUUUUUGGUUCAAUCUUAGUUCCUUGGGCGUCCCACCCCUUUUAAUUAUUUGUUGUAUUGUAGUGUAUAUAAUAGUAUCAAUCAAUUAUAUUUGUUGCCUAGCA